CUCCAGAGUCUUUAUCGUGCGGCCAUCAGCCAAUUCGCAAGCCAAUCCACGGGAUUUCUCCCACUGUUCUCCGCACGCCCAUAACUUGUCCUUAUAAAGCUCCCCACCCAACCAAUCUUCCAUCUUCAAAUCCACAACACUCCAAGAACUGUUUUGUUGAGAUUUUGUUUUCAGUUUCAUUUCGUCUUGUUGCCAUUUAAAGCCCAUUCCUAAUUCUGAUCUCAGCCGUUCAGUCAUGGCUACUGCUGUCUCAGCCGUAGGAGCUGUUAACAGGGUGCCGUGGAACUUGAAUGGCUCUGGGCCUGCAGCAGCAUCACUUCCAAGCUCAGCAUUCUGGGGAAACACUCUGAAGAAGGUUACCUCCAAGAUCAGCCACCGGAAGGUUUCUCCAAAGAAUUUCAAGGUUGUUGCUGAAUAUGAUGAGUCAAAGCAGACCUCAAAGGACAGGUGGAAGGGGCUUGCCUAUGAUGAAUCUGAUGACCAACAGGAUAUUACAAGAGGAAAGGGAAUGGUGGACACUGUCUUCCAGGCUCCUAUGGGGACAGGAACUCACCAUGCUAUCAUGAGUUCCUAUGACUACAUCAGCCAAGGCCUUCGCACGUACAACUUGGACAAUACUAUGGAUGGGUUCUACAUUGCUCCUGCAUUCAUGGACAAGGUUGUUGUUCACAUCACCAAAAAUUUCUUGAACCUGCCAAACAUUAAGGUGCCUCUCAUCUUGGGUAUUUGGGGAGGUAAAGGUCAAGGGAAAUCAUUCCAAUGUGAGCUUGUCUUUGCCAAGAUGGGAAUCAAUCCCAUUAUGAUGAGUGCUGGUGAAUUGGAAAGCGGGAAUGCUGGGGAGCCUGCAAAAUUGAUCAGACAAAGGUAUCGUGAGGCAGCAGACAUCAUCAGGAAGGGAAAGAUGUGCUGCCUCUUCAUCAACGACCUUGAUGCAGGUGCUGGAAGGAUGGGUGGAACCACCCAAUAUACAGUCAACAAUCAAAUGGUGAAUGCUACCCUGAUGAACAUUGCUGAUAACCCAACAUAUGUUCAGCUCCCUGGUAUGUACAACAAGGAAGAGAAUCCCCGUGUUCCUAUUAUAGUCACUGGUAAUGACUUCUCCACAUUGUAUGCUCCUCUCAUCCGUGAUGGUCGUAUGGAGAAAUUCUACUGGGCUCCUACUCGAGAAGAUAGGAUUGGUGUGUGCUCUGGUAUUUUCAAAACCGACCGUGUUCCUCAUGAAGACAUUGUCAAGCUUGUUGACACUUUCCCUGGACAAUCUAUUGAUUUUUUUGGUGCCCUCAGGGCGAGAGUAUACGAUGAUGAAGUGAGGGGAUGGGUUUCAGAUGUUGGAGUACAAAAUGUUGGGAAAAGGCUUGUGAAUUCAAAGGAGGGACCUCCAACAUUUGAGCAGCCAAAAAUGACUCUUGAGAAGCUACUUGAGUAUGGAAACAUGCUUGUCCAAGAACAGGAGAAUGUAAAGAGAGUCCAGUUGGCUGAUAAGUACUUGAAAGAGGCAGCUCUUGGAGAUGCUAAUGAUGAUGCCAUCAAGAAUGGAAGCUUCUAUGGCAAAGCAGCUCAGCAGGUUAAUCUGCCUGUCCCUGAAGGCCGCACGGAUCCAUCAGCAACAAACUUCGAUCCAACUGCCAGAAGUGAUGACGGAAGCUGUGUUUAUAAUUUUUUUUUUUUUGAAUAAGUAAAGAUUUUCAUUGAUCAAGACAGGAAGUCUUUGUAAUUUACAAAAGAAUCUGACUUGAGACAGCAGUCAGUUACUAACCUGACUUAACAAAAAACAGCCAAGCCAAGGACAAUACAACAUUUGAUCUCUUG